UGUCAUUUGUCGGGGGCCGAGUGAUCAUGGCUGCACCACUUUUGAUUAAUAAGAAAUUUGAUAAAAUAUUUAAAAAUAAUGUUAAAUUUUCAAAAAGUUUUUCGACUAGUAAAUCUGUAAUUUUAAAUAAGCCCCAUUUUAGUUUAAUUUUUAAACAAUAUGCGGCCACGAGUCAUUACAGGUAUUAUUCUUCGCCACCACCAACCAACACCGGUGGACAAGAUUCCGCAAAAAAUGUUUUGGCGGCAGUUUUGGCUAAUAGACCGAAAACCGGGAAAAUUCCUGUUGGGAUCCAAAAGAGAGACUGCUUUCACCCAGGCGCUUCUGUUUUGGAUCGUGAAGAUAUUAGCCUCGGGGAUGCUAAGCCGGUCACGGGGAUGGAUAUGCUACGGGGGAUGAUGGCAUAUGUCUGGCCUAAGGACAAUGAAAUGAUAAGAAAUAGAGUAAUGAUGUCUCUCUCUCUCCUCUUUGGCGCUAAAGUAAUGAACGUAACGGUGCCGUUCUUAUUUAAAUAUGCCAUUGAUGAAGUAAAUCAAUUGACGACGACUCCAGCUGGAGAAUUACUGGGAAUGGCAACGGUCCCUCAAGCUUUAGGAACGAGUGCCUUUAGCUUGUUAGUUGGAUAUGGUAUAGCCAGAGCAACGGCAGCUGGUUUUAACGAAUUAAGAAAUGCAGUAUUCGCUAAAGUAGCUCAACAUUCGAUAAGAAAAUUAGCCUGCAAUGUUUUCAUGCAUUUACAUAAUUUGGAUCUCAGUUUCCACUUAGGCAGGCAGACUGGUGCCUUAUCAAAGACUAUAGAUCGAGGUUCAAGAGCUAUAAAUUUCGUGCUAUCAGCUAUGGUGUUUAAUAUUGUGCCUACUAUAUUCGAAUUGACGUUGGUGUCCAUGAUUUUGGGUAUUAAAGGUGGACUUGCUUUUGCAGGCGUGGCAUUCAGUUGUGUCGGAGUAUACGCGGCCUUCACACUCGCUGUAACUCAAUGGCGAACUCGAUUUCGUGUCGAUAUGAACCGCGCUGAAAACGAAGCUGGGAACAAGGCCGUUGACUCGCUAAUAAACUACGAGACUGUUAAGUAUUUCAAUAACGAGAGUUAUGAACUACAGAAAUACGAUGAAAGUCUCAAGAAAUAUGAGGAUGCGUCGCUGAAAACCGCUUCAAGUUUGGCGCUCUUGAACUUUGGACAACACGCCAUAUUCAGCGCGGGACUAAGUGUUAUUAUGAUAAUGGCGGCAAAUGAAAUCGCUAAAGGGCGCAUGUCGGUGGGCGACCUGGUGAUGGUGAACGCGCUGGUGUUCCAGCUGUCCGUGCCGCUCGGCUUCCUGGGCUCCGUGUACCGCGAGGUGCGCCAGGCGCUGCUCGACAUGCACACCAUGUUCACGCUCAUGACGCUGCAGUCCAGCGUCGCGGAAAAAGAAAAGGCACCAAAGCUCGCCGUAGACGCAAAGACAGCUUCGAUUGAAUUCAAGGAUGUAAACUUCAAAUAUAUUAAUGGAAAACCUAUUUUUAAUAACUUAACCUUUAGCAUACCUGCGGGGAAGAAAAUUGGUAUUGUUGGCGGAUCGGGCAGUGGUAAGUCAACGAUGGUGAGACUCCUAUUCAGAUUUUUCGAACCUCAGUCCGGUCAGAUCAAGAUCGGUGGACAAGAUAUACGGGAUGUGGAUCUCGCUAGCUUGAGGAAGGCCAUCGCUAUUGUGCCACAAGAUUGUGUUCUAUUCCACGAUACGAUACUACAUAACUUACAUUACGGAGACCUGUCUAAGAGCGAGGAGGCCGUGUACGCGGCGAGCAAAAUGGCUGAACUUCACGAAUCAGUUGUCACUUGGCCGAAGGGCUACCAGACACAAGUGGGAGAGCGAGGAUUGAAACUGUCCGGCGGAGAGAAGCAACGAGUGGCGAUCGCUCGAGCCAUUCUCAAGGACGCGCCCGUCGUCGUGUUCGACGAGGCCACGUCCAGCCUCGACUCGCUUACUGAGCACGCAAUUCUCCAAGCAUUGAAAGCGGCGACCGUCGGAAGAACAUCGAUAUGUAUCGCCCAUAGACUGUCGACUGUCGCAGACGCGGACGAAAUAUUAGUUCUAGAAAACGGUUCCAUAUCCGAAAGAGGGAAGCAUUCGGAUCUAAUUAAUAAUAAAUCGUCACUGUAUUAUAGAUUAUGGGAGAAACAGAACAGAGAUGCAAAUUUUAUUCCGAAAGUCUGAAUAUUUUGGGACAAAUAUUUGGUCCAAUGUUUGAUGACAAUUUUUGAUCCAAUUACAGUUCAUAAUAAAUGUUAAUUUAAGGAGAGGUCCUUAAAAUACAUUUUAGUCUGUUUUGAAAUAAUUUAUUUGUAUAUUUUUUUUUUGGUAAAUAUCUUUUGUGUAUGAUUCUAUAAAAACGUAUAGGAUUUAUUCGUGUUAGGAUGUUACCAUGUUAUAUUAUAACAACAGUCGUAGACGAGAUAUACAUAUAUAAUGCAAA